ACGGGUCCUGACGUAUUACGUGACGCCCUCCGCCUCCCUCCUAUCUCCUCCCUUUGUGCGGCUGACAGGCUCCUUCUCGACUUGGACUGGAACACACAGAGAUAAUGGCUGUACCUCCCACCUACGUUGACCUUGGAAAAUCAGCCAGGGAUGUUUUUACAAAGGGCUACGGCUUUGGGCUCAUUAAGCUGGACCUGAAGACAAAGUCUGAUAAUGGACUGGAGUUUACCAGCACGUGCUCCGGCAACACGGAGACGAGCAAGGUGGCCGGGUCGUUGGAGACCAAGUACAAGUGGGCAGAGCACGGCCUGACCUUCACAGAGAAGUGGAACACCGACAACACCCUGGGGACGGAGAUCACCGUUGAGGACCAGUUACUUAAGGGGCUGAAGCUUACUUUGGAUUCCUCCUUCUCUCCAAACACUGGCAAGAAGGGCGGCAAGAUCAAGACGGCCUACAAGUGCGACCACAUCAACCUGGGCUGCGACGUCAACUACGACAUCAACGGCACGGCUGUUCACGGCGCCGCGGUGGUGGGGUUCGAGGGUUGGCUCGCCGGCUACCAGAUGACCUUCGAGGCCGGCCGGAACAAGGUCACCCAGAGCAACUUUGCAGUGGGAUACAAGACCGAUGAGUUCCAGCUCCAUACGAACGUAAACGAUGGCACCGAGUUCGGCGGAUCCAUCUACCAGAAGGUGAACGACAAGCUGGAGACGGCCGUCAACUUGGCCUGGACUGCAGGAAACAGCAACACCCGCUUUGGGAUCGCUGCCAAAUAUCAGAUCGAUUCUGAUGCGUCUUUCUCGGCAAAGGUGAACAACUCCAGCCUUGUGGGACUGGGCUAUACUCAGACUCUUAAGCCAGGUGUGAAGUUGACACUUUCUGCUCUCCUGGAUGGCAAAAACAUCAACUCGGGUGGCCACAAGCUUGGUCUUGGUUUGGAGUUCCAGGCGUAGAUGAGCGAGACAGCCAGCCUUCCUCUCCUUCCCCACACACUUAUGCCCCACCAAAAAAAAUAUCUUAAAACCUCUGUUGAGUAGUCCAACCCUUAAGCCCCUCUUCUUUUAACCUUGAAAUGUUACAGAAACUGUUCACGGAACAAUUUUGAAAUUGUGAUGGACCAUGUUUAUGUUAAAAAGCCCAAUUAAGAACAAAGCUGCAAUAGUUUGCCAGGAGGCAAUAUGCUUAAUUGUGUAGAUUUCAAGAGGGGGGGGGGGGGGGAAAUAGCCUUCAGAACAUCAUGUCAGUCUCACACUUUUUCUUUUAGUAUAGUCAUACUGAAUGCUUUAAUUAGUUUUUAAUCCAACGAAAAGGGAAAAUCUACACCAGAUCAGCUCAAAACACAUUUCUGGCUUGGCACAGUUAGCAUGCAGUUGUAUUGUUACUCCUCCAGAUGGUGCUGUUGCUUAGCUCUAGAAAGCACUCCUCACUAAGAAGGCGCCAUGGUCAUAAAAAGUUUCCUUCAAAGGUUUCCGCACUGAGAGCUCUUCUGUCUGUCUUUGAUAAAUUAUGUAAUGGGAGGGGUUAGUUGUUUCUGAUGUAAGCAGCUGUCAGUAGCUCGGAGAGCCACUACAACCCAACGUGUACAUUCUGUGUUUUCGUCUCACCUGUCUUUUGUGUCUGUGCAUUUGGUGUGACUUUAUUUUUUUUUUGUUACAUAUAGCAGCAGAGAAUAUUAUUUUAUUGAGGGUCUUGCAAAGGUAAAUCCACUCAAAAGUCUUAAGAAGGCGAAGACGCGACAACCCUCUCUGGUCAAGAACACCGCAGAUAAACUGUCGAGCCGAUUCACUCUUGAUGAGUUUGUGCUUUUAAGAUGGAGGAUGAAACAAGUAGAUACACUCUAAGGAAUAGUUGUCUUCCACAGCUGGUUUUGGGAAUCAUUGUUAUUGUACUUGACAGUGUUGUCAUUCCCUCAUCUAAAUAAAGAACAUCUUGAACCAA